UUUCUCGUUUGUUGGGGCGUGUGUAUGUGUGUGUGUUUAGGGAGACUGAGGGAGUACGCGGGGGCGAAAUAGGACCGACCAUGGCAGCUGCGGAGGAGGAGGACGGGGGCCCCGAAGGGCCAAACCGCGAGCGGGGCGGGGCGGGCGCGACCUUCGAAUGUAAUAUAUGUUUGGAGAGUGCUCGGGAGGCUGUGGUCAGUGUGUGUGGCCACCUGUACUGUUGGCCCUGUCUUCAUCAGUGGCUGGAGACGCGGCCAGAGCGGCAAGAAUGCCCAGUGUGUAAAGCUGGGAUCAGCAGAGAGAAGGUCGUCCCGCUUUAUGGGCGAGGGAGCCAGAAGCCUCAGGAUCCCAGAUUGAAGACCCCACCCCGCCCCCAGGGCCAGCGCCCGGCUCCAGAGAGCAGAGGGGGAUUCCAGCCGUUUGGUGACACCGGGGGCUUUCACUUCUCGUUUGGUGUUGGUGCUUUUCCCUUUGGCUUUUUCACCACCGUCUUCAAUACCCACGAGCCCUUCCGCAGGGCCACAGGUGUGGAUCUGGGACAGGGUCACCCGACCUCCAGUUGGCAGGAUUCCCUCUUCCUGUUUCUCGCCAUUUUCUUCUUUUUUUGGCUGCUCAGUAUUUGAGCUGGUCUCCUUCCCUGCCCACCUCCAACCAGGGGAGAAUCAGUAUUGGGGUCCCUGCUGACCCUUCCGUACUCCUGGGCCUCCCUGACUCCUCCACUUCUGUGGGCCAAGGCCAGCCUGGCCCCUGUCAAGGAGGGUGUGGAGAGGAGGGACAUCUGCACGGAUGGGAGAGCCUUCUGCUCAGAGCUGCUCGCUCGGCAGCCCGGAGCCCCCGGCGGUGGCACGAGACGACAGGCUGCACCGAAUGUCUGUUUCUCCUUCCUCGUAAUCCUUUGCUUUCACCCAGGUUUCUUGAGUUGAGGUUGAAAGGUGGGCAAGGCUCUAACUCCCAGCUCUCCCUCUUGACUUAAUUUAAUUUUAUCCCCCAAAGGUCUAAUGUGGGUUGUCACUCUUAAGUGCCCCCCCACCUCCUUUAUUACAAAUUCAAUAAACAAUGAAAUCUAUUGAUGGGAA